AUGGCAAAAUCAGUCCGCCAGCAGCACUUGAAUCAGCCGUAUGAGGAGCCAGAAGUCGAAGCAUACUCGUCGUAUCAAAGAGACAUCUACUCCGGCCUUCGACCACCACGCUUCUCGACUAAGCCAGCAGAAUGGGAAGCUGCUGCUCGCCGCGCCGUCGCAGCACCGAAUUUCGGCUAUGUCUUCGGCUCGUGUGGAACAGGCAGUACCUAUGCAGCGAAUCGAGCAGCUUUUGACGACUACCGGCUUCGUCCGCGCAUGCUCGUCAACGCCACCAGACGAGACCUGAGUGUUGACCUGUUCGGCGCUCGACACCCACAUCCACUCCUCGUUGCUCCUGUCGGAGUGCAGUCGAUCAUGCACCGUGAUGGCGAGGAAGCAACAGCUAGAGCUUGUGCCAAGGUCGGUGUACCAAUGAUUCUGUCCACUGCUGCAACACGGUCGAUCGAGCAAGUUGCCGAAGCGAACGGUGAAGGCAGCAAGCGGUGGUAUCAGCUGUACUGGCCUCGGCCGCAGAAUGAGGAAGUGACGGCUUCGCUGCUGUCGAGAGCAAAGGCAAAUGGCUACUCCGUUCUUGUCGUCACGCUGGAUACCUUUGCUCUAGCUUGGAGGCCUACAGACCUGGACCACAGCUACCUUCCUUUCAUCUACGGCGAAGGAUGUGAAAUUGGCUUUAGCGACCCGAUUUUCGACGAAAUAUACAAAGAUUCAGCCGCAGCAGAUCCACGCUCGUCCAGCGAGAAGCUUCGGGAGGCGAUCGAUGUGCUGCGCCGACCGGGAAGCAUAUUUGGUGCUGCAAAGGUGCUCACGAAUCUGAAGCACAUCGCGAAAGCUAGAGCAUGGUUGGGCGUCAUGAACAGCGGCACGUUUCGCCAAUGGGACCACCUGAAAGUGCUACGAAAGCUGUGGGGAGAUGGGCCGAUUGUGCUCAAGGGCAUUCAGAGUGUCCAGGAUGCGCAUCUUGCGAUUGAGUACGGCAUGGACGGGAUCAUAGUCUCAAACCAUGGAGGCAGGCAGGUCGAUGGGGCGAUAGCAAGUCUCGAUGCGCUGGCGGAGAUUGGAGAAGACGAAAAGGUCAAGGCGAGUGGUCUGACCGUACUGUUCGACAGUGGCAUUCGGACGGGUUCAGAUGUGCUCAAGGCUCUGGCGCUGGGUGCGAAGGCUGUUUUGGUGGCGAGACCGUUCAUGUAUGGUUUGGCGUUCGGCGGUCAAGAAGGCGUCGAGCAUGUGUUGAGAUGUCUGCUUGCGGACACUGACAACAUGCUUGGACUAGUUGGGAAGAGAUCGGUGCAAGAUCUGAGCAGAGCGGAUUUGCAGUUCAGAAAGGAGGUCAAGCUGUAG